AUGGAUAUCACCAGCUACGUGGUGCAGGGCCGGGACCAGGCCCUGCUCUACGGAGACUACUCCACCUAUCAUGAACAACUGGCCAAACGUCUGCUCAGCUCUCGCAAGAAGUUGGGCAUUGUCACCAAAAAUCGAGGCAAAUUCCAGAAGAAGGAUUCAGUUACAUCAGAGGAUGUAUCCUCCAACAAUGAAUAUGUCCAUUUGCUUCUUCUGACGAGCGAGCGAGCCUGGGCACAGGCAAUGAGCAUCAAAGCUUCGCACUCCGCCGCGCAAAAGGACAUCACCGGCCGCACAAAAUCGCAUAUUGUUUCCCGCCUCACCAAGGCUUGCCGAGCGGCGGAUCGCCUGGUUGAGAUCCUGUCAGACUCGACGGCUGGCGCUUCGGCCGACGACAUACUCGAAGCAAAAUCUUACUCUGCUCUGAUCCGCGGCGCCAUGCUAUUCGAGAAGCACAACUGGGAGCUCUGUCUUCAGAGCUAUGCCGUCUCCCGCGUCAUCUACAGUGCGCUCGCAAGCGCCGGCAAAGGCGACCUUUUCAAAGACCUCUUAUCUGAGACCAUUGAUCCUUCUAUCCGAUACGCCGCCUACCAAUUGAAGACGCCACGAACGGUCCCUAUUCCAACGAUUGCGAAGAAUUCAUUCCCUCGAUCAGACGAUGCGCUCGUCAAAGAAAUCAACCGUCUGGAUCCCAGCAUCCUCGCCGAAGGCGACGAGGCGUCUAAGCUAGCCGGAGCCGCAGAGAAUGCGCCUAGAACAAUCACAUGGCGCUCUCGAGAAGUUCAAAUCGAAGAUGCUCAGAUAUCACUGGCAUGGGCUUCCGUAGAAACUGCGAAAGCCAACCUCUCCAGCAAUCUGGCGCAGUCGCAAAACAAGCAACCCUACGAAAUUGCCGGCCAGUACGACGAGAUCCUGAUGGCCACACAAGACGCUGUCGACGCAACGAAGCAGGCCAUUGACGAGCUCAAGGCGGAGGGCGUGCCCCAAAGCGACCCCCGCAUGCAGAGACUGCAAAUCACCCGCACAGCCGUCAAUUACGAGAUGGUUAGUUGGAGAAUUGGCCGCAACAGAGUUCUCACCGGGCACAACGACGGCGGACCCGAGGAGUACAGCUCCAGAAGGAGAAAAGUCAAGUCCUUCAAGGACGGCGAGGCAACUGAGCAAAAGAAGCCGCGGGAGCUUCCGCCCAGCAAGAAGCUCGCCAAGCUGAAGGAGAAGGUAGCGCUGUACGACGGCACACUGCAAAACUUCGAGUCGAUCAAGGAGCUUCCCGGCAUAGCAGCCGACGAAGAGCUCGCCGGGAAGCUCAACAGCUACGAAAAGUACUUUGAAGCACUAAAAUGUCUCUCCAUCGCACGCUCCCACGCCAUCACCAACGCCGCCACCAACGCCCUCGCUCUCAUCAACCACGCCAACUCCCUCAUCCAAGAAGCGUCCGCCAACCUACCACAAGGCCACGACAACACCCAACACCAAACCAGCCCGCUAAACAUCGACGUCUCUUCCGAAGCCAUCUCCUUCCUCGGCAACCUCCUCAACGGAGAACUCCAACGCUACCGCGCCAUCGUCCACAUGCACAACCUCCGUGACGCAGAGCGCGAAACCACCAAGGAGGACAUAGACACCCCCCUCAUCUCCAAGCUGCACACGUACCCUCAGCGCGUAAACCUCCGCAAGAUAGUGCAGUUCCCUCCCAAGAUGGAGCUCAUCCCCAUGAAACCAAUCUUCCUCGACGUCGCGUGGAACUACAUCGACUACCCGGGUAUGACACCAACACCAACAGCACCCAGCACAACCACACAAGAGGAACAGCCCAAGAAGAAAGGCUGGUUCGGUUUCGGUCGGUAA